AUGGGGUUUCAAGACUCUCCCCCUCCACAAACCCUCACACCAUCAAACCUCCAACAACAAGAAAAAGAAGAAGAAUUAGAAGAAACAGAAACCCUCUCACUAUGUGAUCUCCCAUUAUACAGUGAUCAAAGCCAUGAUUGGGAUCAACACUCCACCACCACCUCCUCCGACCAAGACUACUUCGAAUUCUUCAGCCAAGAACUCACCCCCUCCGCCUCCGCCUUCCUCCCACCGCAAAACAUCAUCUUCUGCGGCAAACUCAUCCCCUACAAACACCUACCAACACCUAAUGAUAAAAACCAAACCACCCUCAACGCCCAAACAGGCCCCAACAAAACUAGCCGUUGGCGGUGGCGGCUGAGUGGGGCCAAAUGUACAACCGCCGCGAUGCAGAGGAGGACGUACAACUCCGGCAAGCAGGUGAAGGUCAAGUGGUACUUCUUUUUAUUUGGGGUUUCGAGAUUUUCGCCGGUGGUUGAGCUGAGCGACAUCAGGAGUAGGAAGAGCAACCGCCGGACGUCGCCGCCGCCGGUGAUGUUUGGAUUUGAUGAUGGUGAGGUGAUGGGGGAUCGGGGGUGGGGGUUGUGGGGGCUGAUUAGGGCCCUUAGCUGCGGCGGAGGGCGCCAGCCGGCCGCGGUGGCUGCCGGCUGA